CUACACGUUUGCAGAGAGCACGAGCGGUGACGUGCUAUAGGCAGGGGAGUGGAGUCUGCACCAUGCCACCGCCUUCGCCCAUUGACGCUGCCGUCUUGCUGGACGCGGGGCCCCGUACACUGCACUCGCCGCCAUCAUGGUCAUCUCUCGAGUGAAGCAGAAGCAGAUCUCCUUUGGGUACUGCGACACCGUCACCGGGCAACGAGUCUACCCUCCUCCAGAAGUCGACAUAGUCAUGGCUGAACAAGAUCUCCUCCCCGAACAAUUGCCACCUGAGCCGGCUGCUGCUUUCACGCCGGAGACUGAUGAUGAGAUGAAUGACUUGUACAUCAGCACCACUGUUUGGCCUCCGCUCGGCCAGGCAACAAUAGUCCCAAAGGACGAGGACGGCGUCACGUUUACUGUCCUGCUCGAGCAUAGCCAACCCACCAGCCUCAUUGGACCUGAUCCGCCACAAGUCAUCAUUUGGCACAAUCACGGUGGCGAGCAUGAUUGGGAAGAGUUGCCACUCGCUCUAGCAGCUGAAUCUGACGAGCUACUCUUAUUGAACAGACCAUCAGAGAGAGACCUUGUGAAAAUAUGGUACACCGGACAUCUUCCCGGCACUCCCAAGCACGGGCAAGCUACUUCUUUCACGAUCAAGUAUCGACUCAGUCAAGACCAGGACUGGCAAUGGAUCAAAGACGUGACUGGAGUGGGUGACGGCCAGCUCAACUAUCAAAACAAUGAGUUCCAAAAACACUCGACCUACGACCUCAAACAUUGGUUCAGUGGUCUGAGUGGCGACAUCCAAGUACAGAGCGAACGGCCAGAUACAGAUAAUACCCACCUGUAUUCGCUAACAGCUCCGGUUGUCCCGGCAUACAAGCAAGACUCAGGCUAUCAACAUCAUCAGUUGGGUGUCGUCAAUCGGAGCACUAGAUGGUUCGGCUUGGUGCGACUGUGGUCUCCUUGGCUGGCUCCGCGUCAAGGCAAAGGGACGUUCGAAGUCGACAAGGAUGCUGUUGAAUUAUCUUUCUUGCGUGAAGAUGGCUUGCACGUCGUGAUUUUGGGGAUCAGCGGCAUCAACGAUGUGAUCACGACUUUCUUCAACGAUCACGAUGGAAACAUUAUCAUCAAGGCUCGCAAUGAUAGGACCGAAACCGAGACUAGCAGAGUGCUGGUUGCCGUCGCCGACAGUUUCGAGGUAGCGAAUGCAGCUGUCUGGUAUCAUGCCCGGAAGAUUGUGCAGUCCUACAGUGCUGCAGAUGAGGAGGCUGCCACUGUCGAACAGCUCAUCAAGACUGUACAACCAGUCGACAAUCCCAGUCCUGAGUGGCUUGAGGACUGGUAUGAUGGGUUCACGUUUUGUACUUGGAAUGCCUUAGGACAGAAACUCACGGCUAAGAAUAUAUACGACGCACUGGAAGACCUCGCCAAGGAGAACAUCAACAUAUCCACACUCAUCAUCGAUGACAACUGGCAGUCGCUCAGCAAAGGCGACACGCAAUUCACCCGUGGCUGGUCUGCAUUCGAGGCAAACCCAGAGGGCUUUCCAGAUGGCAUGAAGAAGACCACAGCCGAGAUACGGAAGCGACAUUCGAAUAUCAAGCACAUCGCCGUAUGGCACGCACUGCUCGGAUACUGGGGCGGCAUCGAUCCCGAUGGCGAGAUCGCGCAAAAUUACAAGACGAUCCAGGUCGAAAAGGAGCCCGGCGUAGCAGGAGGCACCUUCACUGUCGUUGCGGCCGAAGAUGUCAAACAAAUGUACGACGACUUCUACAGCUUCCUAGCGGAAUCUGGCGUCGACAGUGUCAAGACCGACGCACAAUUCUUCCUAGAUCUCCUUGUCCACGCUCCCGAUCGACGAAGCCUCAUGCAAGCCUACCAAGACGCCUGGACAGUCGCACACCUCCGCCAUCUGAGCAGCCGCGCCAUCUCAUGCAUGUCACAAACCCCACAGAACCUCUUCCACACCCAGCUCCCAAGGAACAAACCGCUCAUCCUCUCCCGCAACAGCGACGACUUCUUCCCCGAAGUCGACGCCUCUCACCCCUGGCACAUCUUCUGCAACGCCCACAACGCCCUCCUCACCCAACACCUCAACGUCCUUCCCGACUGGGACAUGUUCCAAACCUCCCACGACUGGGCCAGUUUCCACGCCGCCGCUCGCUGCGUCUCCGGCGGUCCCAUCUACUUUACCGACUAUCCCGGCAAACACGACAUCUCUUUGAUCAGACAAAUGACAGCCCAAACCCCCCGCGACAAAACCAUCAUCCUCCGCCCUCAAAUCGUCGGAAAAGCAACAAACCCCUACAACGCCUACCAAGACCUCACCCUUCUCAAAAUCAGAACCUACCACGGCUUCGCCCAAACCGGCACAGGAAUCCUCGGAAUCUUCAACGUCUCCGGUCGUCAUCUCAGUGAAUUCGUCCAUUUGUCCGAAUUUCCUGGUACAGACUCCGCUAGCAAAGAAGCAGAAUAUGUAAUCGGAUCCUUCUCUUCAGGAAAAUUCACAAAGCCUCUGAAACUCCACAAUGACUCCGGCAAAGAAACCACGAAACCUCUAAUCGGAAUCCAACUCCAAGCUCAAAGUUGGGAAAUCCUAACAUCGUAUGCUCUCCAAACAUUCGAUCUUUCUUCGGCCAAGGAACCCGUCAAAGUUGCCAUGCUAGGUCUCGUAGGCAAAAUGACCGGCUCAGCUGCCGUGACAGGCUACGACGUCUACGUCGAAGACAGCGGACGUUUGCGAACCUGGAUAUCGCUGAAAGCGCUAGGAAUUCUAGGACUUUGGAUUUCUGAUUUGGAAGAGAGAACGGUGUCAGAUAAUUUCAUCGUGUUGAUCCACGGGAACCCGAUCCCUGUGGAAUGCGUGAAAGCGAAUGGAAAAGUAUUAGAGAUCGAUAUUGAGAGAGCAUGGAAAGAGAGUGGAGAAGAUGUCGGAUGGGGAAAUGAAGUUACGUUGGAAGUGUUCAUGCAUUGAUCAAGGAGUUGGAAGAAAAGUGGCGAAUGCAUGGAUCAAAGAGAGAGUGAUAAAAAGUACUACUUGCUUAGCGUCACAAAUUCCAAUACCAACGAACGUCCCAUACCUCAGAUCUCAGAUCUCACAUCCAAACAUCCCCAUCCCCUUUCACUUCAACGAAGAGCCUCAAACCCCGGCCGGUCAGCCACAACAUACUUCACCAAAUCCAUCUCCGCCUCCAACCAAUUCCUUCUAGCCUUCCAAACCCGAACCUGAAACAAAACUUCCAAAAUCACCCGUUGAAGCCCCCGCUCAUCCUCCUCAUCACGCAUCUCCUCAAACGCCCGAACUUCAACCCAGCGAGAACCAAGAAAGCGUCCAAUGUCUGCAGCAGCAUCCGGUCUCGCGCUUGUAAAUUCAUCAAACGUCGCUCGAAACAAAGCGUUUUCCGUAUACAACUCUGAGAUGGCGACAAUCAAAACAUUGAACAAUGUUAACCGGUCGCUGUUUUCAAAGUCUCGAAGCCAGUUCAUGUUAGGUGCGUUUCGGAUGUGAAUCGUCACCUUGGACUCAAGAGGACGGUUUUCUGAAUUGAAAAUGUUCCACCAUGCAU